AUGGAUGAUCAUCAAGAAUUCGAGAAACCCAUCUUCGAAUUACGCCAUAAGAAGUUUCGAAGCACUCGAUUUUUGAUAUAUAGCGAGAAGAAGAAUCGUUUAGGAGAAUCGAUGAAUCAAUACGAAGAGAUAUCUUGCUACUACGGAUUGAGGGAAAACCCGAAGAAAACCCAGAAAUCUCCACUCGAUGAUCGAUUGGGUACACGGGCGAGUAAUAAGAAGCGUUUGAUUCGAUGCGAAGAAUGUGGGAAAGGGUUUCGAUAUGAGAAAUGUCUGACGAAACAUCGCAAAGGGAUGCAUUCGUUGAAUCAGAAGAAGAGCGAUUAUGAAGAAUCUAUGAUCAGAAGUGCUGAUCUCUUGUGUUGCUUCAGUGAUGUACAGAGGAGAAAGAGAUCGAAAAGAGUUUCCAGGUACAAGAAGAUUCCUCGAUUCUCUGUUUCUUCUUCGUCUUCUGUUUCUGAGUAUGAUGGAGAGUUAUUAGAAGUCGCCGAGUCUCUGAUUCUGUUGUCUAAGAGUGUUGAAGCUCUGGUUUCGAAUCCAGGGCUAAAUCUGAGAGAAUUUGAAGACGGGUUUUUGGGUAAUGAGCAGAAACUAGUUGGGAAAUCCCCUGCCGCAGAUGGGUCUUUGAGUACUGAAUCUGAUGGAAAUCCGAAAGAGCUUUUGGGGUUCUUGGGAGACAACAAGGCCGAUGAAUCGUGCCAGGUAGGAGCAGGAAGGUUUAGAGCAGAAGCUGGAUUGGAGAGAGUGAGCUUGGUAUAUAGGCCUGGACUGAUUUUGCAAAACGCUAAAACGGAUAUCCAACAGAAACUUGACGGCCAAGAAACAAAUUCAGGAGAUGAGGGCACUGAGCAUCGGUGCAGGCUCUGUGACAGGGUUUUCUUGACUUAUCAAGCUCUCGGUGGUCAUCAGACUUUCCACAGGAUGAGGAACAAGCCUAAAGUCAAAAGCAAGAGAUGCAGAGAAGAAUCAGUAGAAGCUGAAUCUUAG